AUGAGACUUCAAAGUAGGUUUCUUCUCCGCCGCACAGCUGCCCGCGCGAUUGCCUCGACGCCCUCGUCGGCCGUCUUCGUCAAGCCGCGUUCUAUCUCCUCCAUCACACCUAUCGCAUUCCACGCGAGGAAGCAGCAAUGGAUCGCUCCUGCCUUCCAGAAGAGAUAUCUCAGCGAGGAGCCGACCAAGGUUGAGACAACAGAGGCCGAAGCCAAGGAGGUGGAGGCAAAGGAGGGCUUUGCGCAAACCGCAGCAGAAGCUCCUGUAGACGAAAAUUUGACCCCGGCACAGGAGGAGGUACAGGCAGCACCUGCCGAUGCCCAAGACACUCCCGACUUCGGUGCAUCGGAGCUAGAAAGCAAACAACGCGCUGCGCGCCGCGCUAACAAGGAUCUCACCCCGAACAAUACCGUCUAUGUCGGUAAUCUGUACUACGAGGUCACCGCAGACCAGCUGAAGCGAGUCUUUGGACGUUUCGGUGAGGUCGACAGCGUCAGGGUCAUCUACGACAACAGGGGCCUCAGCAGAGGAUUCGGUUACAUUGAGUUCAAGGAAGUGAAGGAUGCCCAGGCGGCGUGCGAGAACCUCGACAUGCAGGUCUUCGAGGGCCGCAACCUUGUCGUCCAGUUCCACCAGCCCAAGGAAAACUCUAAGACACGUAGCGAGAGCGGCUCCAUCGUCCCCAACCCACCUUCUAAGACUCUCUUCAUCGGAAACAUGUCCUUCGAGAUGUCGGACAAGGACCUCAACGACCUCUUCCGUGAUAUUCGCAACGUCAUGGACGUGCGUGUUGCCAUUGAUCGAAGGACCGGCCAGCCCAGAGGCUUCGCCCACGCUGAUUUCAUCGACGUUGCCAGUGCCACCAGAGCCAAGGACGUGCUCGGCGACAAGGUUAUCUACGGCAGGCAGCUGCGCGUCGACUUCAGCAAGUCGGGUACGAGCAACCAGAGGGAGCAGAGGGAGAAGAGGGACAACAACAGUGACAACAGGGACAACAGGGACAACAGGUACAACAGCAGGGAUAACAACAGGUACAACACCAGGGACAACGACAGGAGAUGA